AUGUCUCCGAAUGUCUCUGUCCCGCUUUUCGGCCUGCUGCUGCUCUUAGUAGCGCAAAAGCGCGAUGAUGAUCAGGAUACCCAAGAUACCUGCAAUCCAUUCUCCAUGAUUCAAGACCUCCAUGAGCCGAUUAAUAGACUUGAUGUUCAAGGAUACAAUGUCUCCUUGGCUAAAAGGGUCAACUUGGAAGUCCCUGGUGAUGACACAGACAUGGAUGUGUGGAUGAGAGAACGCGCUGAAACUACGAAACCAAUUGUUUGGGAAGUCAGCCCAGGAACCGACGCCAACACACCAAUUUUCCGAAAAUUUGUUAGGAAUUCUUUUAGCCUCGGAACGAACGGUCUUUGUGGGUGCAGUUCUCUGUGGAUCAUCAGCAGAAAAGGGGUGUAUGCCACUCACUAUUGGGAGAGUAUCUCAUUUGCGCCUGAGAAAGAAUGGAGAAACCCAGGCGAAACCAAUGCUGAGGUUUUCGAACGUACUGUCAUUAGCGGCCUCAAAAGCUGA